GCCAGGGGAAGCGGCGUUAAUGUAGCGGUUGGUCCACUUCGUGUUCUAAUUGCGUGAAAGACUCGACUGACUCUUGUUUUUCUUAUUCUCGUUGGCCGCGACUCAUAAAGCAGCCUGUCCUUCGUUAUUUCUGUGCCGGCAAUCCUUCGUUUUCUGUUGGCUGUUAUCUUUUUUUGCUGUGUCGCGUCUGCGGAUUGAAAUCGUCUUUCGUUUUUUUGUCACUCGCUAAGUUGAACGAGGUGCUUUGUGGUGUGAAACCGAUCGUCAAAGUCAUUUGAUACAACAACGCCGUAAACAUGAAGUCUGCUUUGGCUCUUGCGUUUCUUGGUGCCUCUGCUGGCGCUGUCAAGGUCGACUUUACUAGUGAUGCCUCGAUCAAGGAUGGCGCGAGCACCAUUGCGUAUGGGCUCAUGAAGUAUUACAACGGCAACGAGACGGGCCAGAUUCCGGGCAAUCUCCCCCAGCCAUACUUCUGGUGGGAAACCGGCGCCUUGUUCACGGCCUUGAUCGACUACUGGGCCAAGACGGGCGACGACUCGUACAACUCGUUGACAUCCCAGGGCCUGCUGCACCAGGUCGGCGACAGCAACAACUUCCUGCCGGCGAACCAGUCCAAGGCCGAGGGCAACGAUGACCAGGGCACCUGGGCUUUGGCCGCCAUCGCCGCGGCCGAGAGCGGAUUCCCGAGCCCGUCCAAGGAUGAGCCUCAGUGGCAGGAUCUCGCUGUGAAUGUCUUCAACGACUUUGUGCAGCGAUGGGACACCAAGAACUGCGACGGUGGUCUUCGGUGGCAAAUCGCUGCCUUUAACGCUGGCUACGACUUCAAGAACUCGGCUUCCAACGGCGUCUUCUUCGAUCUCGCCGCCAGGCUGUAUCUGCAGACCAAGAACAGCACGUACUCGGACUGGGCCACCAAGAUCUUCAGCUGGGAGCAGGACGCCGGCCUCAUCACCGACACGUACUGGGUCCUCGAGGGCGUCAACACCGAGAACUGCAAGAACAUUGACAAGACCCAGACCAGCCUGAGCGCCAGUCUCUUCCUGCACGGCAGUGCUGCGCUGUACAACGCCACGACGUCCACGCAGUGGAAGACGCGCGUCGACGGCCUGCUCAAGGGCGUGCAGGAGGCUUUUGUCAGCAACGGCAUCUUCGUCGAGGUUUCGUGCGAGACGGUAAAGACGUGCAGCACCGAUCUGCAAGCUUUCAAGGGCUUCCUUAUUCGAUCGCUCGGAGAGACGGCUCAGCUGGCUCCUUACACCGGUGCCACCAUCCAGCCGAUUCUCCUGACGAAUGCAAAGGCCGCGGCAAAGGCCUGCUCGGGAUCGCCAUCCAAAGGCUUUUCGGGCCAGGCGGGAACUGCGUGCGGAUUCUCGUGGGCUGGGGCCAACAGCACUUUUGACGGACUGACUGGCGUUGGCGAGCAGAUGAAUGCUCUGUCUGCUGUUGUUUCCACUUUGACGCAGAAUGCAAAGGGACAGACUAACGGAACGAGCCCUGACAAGCCUAGCGGAACUUCGCCUUCGGGUCCGGCUGCUACGACGCCUAAGGGUGCUGGAAGCAGGGUUGCUGCGGAUGGCAUGGCGGCUUUGGUUGUUUUGGGUGGAAUUCUGUAUGGGUUGUUGUAACUUCAAGUUUUGGUGAGGGUGAGUUGCAACGGCUUGGGCACGGUGGGGUGGAAUGAUGGAUGGAAGUCGGUUUAUAUUCUAUAUAUACAUGCACCCAUGUAUUUAGCUACCAUGCUUUUGGUUCUUUUUUAGAGAUUGAUGUGUUUGAUGAAGAUCUAUGAAUAAU